GGCUGUCCAGACUCUCUCAUAACGGAGUUGCAUCACUUCCGGGCCCUAGGUGAUGAACAGGUGAGUCCUGAACAGUGUACCCAAACAAACAACCCCAGCCAAACUCCUGUCUAUCCUAUCUAGAGGGAAACUAGCAUCCCCACCUCCACCCAGCCUCAACCUCAGCCCUUCUGUCUCACUCAGGUCACAUGGGAAAUAUGCCCCUGGUCUCUCUGUCACAUUGUCACAUGUAACAGUCCUUUCAUUGUCUCAUCUGGUGCUAUAAUACAGAAUAUGCCACUAUCCUGGUGUUGCAAGCUCCAUGCUCUACCAACUGAGCUACCAGCCCCUUUCAAAUAGCCUAACAUCUGUCCCUAAGGAGCAACAUCUCUCUCUCUCCAUCCAUCGUGCAACACCUCAGCAGGGAUAGCAGGAGUCGGUUUUAAGAGGGCGUGUCUAAUUCUCUACUCUACCACUCAAUACUCUUCAUUCACCCCCUAUGCCAGGGGUAUUCAAAUCUUACCCUACGAAGUAGUGGAAAGCAGUGGAACUGGCUUUGAAUUUGAGGGCCCUAUACUCUCCUUAUCUUCAAACACUUCUAUACUCCCACUGGAAAAUAGUGUCAUUUUGAAGCAGCUUACCAAUAAGGAAAAAGAUCAACAAUAAAGACCAUACAGCAUUGUUCACUCCUGAGACUCUUCAGGCAAACACACUUUCUUCAACACUAUUUCAACUCUUCAACCUUAUUUCAAUUUACUCCGACAUAGCAUUAGCACAUUUGCAAUAAUAAACACAAUUAAGUGAUGAAACAAUGUGCCUAUUGCAUGAGUGAGUCAUUGGCGGGGCUUUGAAUUCUGAAUAUGAAUGCUUAGCCAACUCUAAGCUUGCCCUGUGGCUCCAUUGCUCAGUGAAACGCUCCAUUCUGAAAGCAUAAGUGGUGUGAACCGGAUGGUUAAAAGCCCCUUCUGAGCUGGGCCUUUAUGCAGAUGUUUGAUUGAGGCAUGCAUCAAUUAGCCUUUGUCACAGAGACACAAUUAGCAUGACUAUGUGUCUGGUCAUAAUGCUGUGUGUGUGUGUGUGUGUGUAGUGUAGUGUAUGUGCAUGAGUGCACCUCUCUUUUGCUCUGCCUUUUUCUUUCUCUCGCUCUCUCUAUUUCUCUCAAUUAAUUUCAAUACAAUUAUGCUUAAAGACAUGAAAUACCAUAUUGUCGAAGCGGAAUUUCAUAUACUUCAAAUCCAUCAAAAUAAUAAUAAUUAAAUAACUAAUGAAUCUCUCUCUCUGUGUAUAUCAGUAUGAGAGGUACCAGCAGUAUGCAGCAGAGGAGUGCCUACUCCAGAUGGGAGGAGUGUUAUGUCCAGCCCCUGGAUGUGGAGCAGGCCUGCUGCCUGAGGAGGACAGGAGGAUGAUCCAGUGUCUGCUCAGCAACGGUUUGGGAUGCGGGGUGAGACGUGCACACAUGCAUACACACACGCAAGCACACAACACAUGAAAAUAUGUAAUUAUGACACAAUUUACAUGAUGUUCUCUAAUUAGCCACUCGAUUAAAGAUUAGGAUAUAGUUCACCAUACAUUAGUGCUGACUGAUUGCAUGUUUGCUAACAUCAACAUCUUCAUUACAGGGAAGCAGAAUGGGGGUUGCUACAAGGCUCAUCUCUCACCUACAGUAUCUCACUCUCUAUUUCCAUCUUGAUCUCUCGAUCUAUCUGUCUCCACUAACCGCAGCCUGGCUUAGGAAACAAGGUUAUUGUGUUGGAGCCAUAGACAGUCUCCUUUCCUUUAAAGACUGCUGUUUUUAAGAGAGAGAGAGAGGUUUGUGUGUGUGUGUGUGUAGCCUGUAGCCAUAAGAUCCCAGGUGACAUUGAGAGGGUGGUGGUGUGUGUGUGUGUGUGUAUGUGCGCACAUUCGUUCCAGUCCAUCCAGAGGUCUGUGGGAAGCAGAUAACGCCUUUAUAAGUGUCAGGUUGCUGCUAUAAGACAGGGGUCCUAUCACUUUAACACUCCCCCAAAUGCAUUUCUCUUUUUUUGGGGCGGGGGGGGAGUGAUGAUGUGCUCAAGGCCUUAGGAUACUGGUGAGCUGGCUUCUCUUUAAGACUCCACAUACAGAAAUCAAUAUUGCCUGCCUCCCUGUCUUUUUCAUGUCCUCCAAGCUAGUGUUUGUGAGCUGGCUUUACGAGCCCCUUGCUGCAGCUCCGGCAGGACGUACAGCUCCGAUGGGCCCUGGCGGACCCGGCUGCAGCCGCAGGGUACAAUAGACACUGGUCAGUAGAGGAGACCUGUAAACAUGUAAUAGGACUGGUUAUUUCUGUGCACCAUGCAGGUCCUAGUCUCGUCCACCAGCCGGCUCUCAGUUGCAAUUAGCCUGGGGACGAGGUUAAACAGGCCCUAGCACUGAAUCUGAACGCAGACAUGGGAGGAGGGCUGUAGGGUUGGAUAGGGAGAACUGCAGGGUGUGUGUGGGUGUUCGUAUAGUGUGUGUCUGUUUGUGUUAAAGAGAUGGUGAAAUAUUCCUCCGCCUUUGGGACUCCAAUGUGUGUGUCUGUGUGAUUUAUGUACAGCAAGAGAGUGUCUUUGUCUUGUGUCUUGAGUGAGGUGAUUGUUUGAGUCAGAGACUCUUUCUUCUUACAGUGCCUUCAUAAAGUAUUCACACCCCUUGACUUUUUCCUCAAGUGGUAUUAAAAUUGAUAUAAUUGUUUUUUUUUUUGUCAACGAUCUACACAAAAUACUAUAAUGGAAGAAAAAAUCUAACAUUUGUAUAAAAUUUAUGAAAACUUCCAUUGAUCUCACUGUGCAAUCAUUACACAAGGACUGCGAGAAUGUGUAUGCGGAGGAGCGAUGUAUACAUAUAUCUGUGCAAAGUUAGAAUUUCAGAUUUCAUUAUGACAGACCACAUCAAAAUGUCAGGAAUGCAUUUGACUGGGUAUGGAAUGUUUUCAAAAUGCGUCGCUGUUAAUAUAUCUUGAUUAGGUAAGUAUUAAAUCGCUUGAGUCAAUAUAUGUUAGAAUCACCUUUUGGCAGCGAUUACAGCUGUGAGUCUUUCUGGGUAAGUCUCUUAAGAGUUUUCUACACCUGGAUUGUGCAAUUGUAUCCAUUUAUUAUUUUUUUAAUUAUUCAAGCUCUGUGAAAUUGGUUGUUGCUCAUCGCUAGACAACCAUUUUCAGGUCUUGCCAUAGAUUUUCAAGCAGAUUUAAGUCAAAACUGUAACUCGGGCACUCAGGAACAUUCGCUGUCUUCUUGGUAAGCAACUCCAGUGUAGAUUUGGCCUUGUGUUUUAAGUUAUUGUCCUGCUAAAAGGUGAAUUCAUCUCCCAGUGUCUGGUGGAAAGCAGACUGAACCAGGGUUUCCUCUAGGAUCAUUGCCUGUGCUUAGCUCCAUUCCCUUUAUUUUUUAUCCUGAAAAAGUGCCCAGUCCUUAAUGAUUACAAGCAUACCCAUAACUAGAUGCAGCCACCGCUAUGCUUUAAAAUAGGGAGUGUGGUAGUCAGUAAUAUGUUGUAUUGGAUUUGCCCAAAACAUAACACUUUGUAUUCAGGACAUAAAGUUAAUUGCUUUGCCACAUUUUUUGCAGUAUUACUUUAGUGCCUUGUUGAAAACAAGAUGCAUGUUUUUGGAAUAUUUUUAUUCUGUACAGGCUUCCUUCGGUUCACUCUGUCAAUUAGGUUAGUAUUGUGGAGUAACUAACAUGUUGUUGAGCCAUCCUCAGUUUUCUCCUAUCACAGUCAUUCAACUCUGUAACUGUUCUAAAGUCACCAUUGGCCUCAUAGUGAAAUCCCUGAGCGGUUUCCUUCCUUUCCGGCAACUGAGUUAGGAAGGACGCCUGUAUCUUUGUAGUGACUGGGUGUAUUGAUACACCACCCAAAGUGUAAUUAAUAACUUCACCAUGCUCAAAUGGAUAUUCAAUGUCUGCUUUUAUUUUUUACCCAUCUACCAAUAGGUGCCCUUCUUUGCGAGGCAUUGGAAAACCUCCCUGGUCUUUGUGGUUGAAUCUGUGUUUGAAAUUCACUGCUAGACUGAGGGACCUUAAAGAUAAUUGUAUGUGUGGGGUACAGAGAUGAGGUGGUCAUUCAAAAAUCAUGUUAAACACCAUUAUUGCACACUGAGUGAGUCCAUGCAAAUUAUUAUGUGACUUGUUAAGCAACAUUUUACUCCUGAAUUUUGUAGGCUUGCCAUAACAAAGGGGUUGAAUACUUAUUGACUCAAGACAUUUCAGCUUUUCAUUUUUCAUUAAUUUGUAAACAUUUCAAAAAACAUGAUUCCACUUUGACAUUAUGGGGUAUUGUGUGACCAGUGACAAAACAAUCUCAAUUAUUUUAAAUUCAGGCUGUAACACAACAAAGUGUGGAAAAAGUCAAGGGGUGUGCAUACUUUCUGAAGGCACUUUAUAUGAGAGAGAAAGAUGAAGAGAGAGAUGGAGAGAAAGGGAGGGCAGAAGGGGACGACUUUGGCACUUCGUCAGUAAGCUCUCUCACAGAGCUCUUCUUAGAGCUUCACUAGAAUGCUCUCAUUUAGAAGAGUUCACACUGCUGCUGUUACACUUAGUUCAAACCUUCAUGUGCCACAUGAUUCUGUACUGAGACAGACACUGCAGUGUGCUGAACCUACAUUGCAAUAUUAUAUCCACCCACUACUGAGCAACAGCACAGGGCUGCACAUCUCUUAAUGUUUCAUUUAGUUGACUUACAAAGAGCUAUGUCAGUUUUUGUGUGUGUGUGUGUGUGUGUGUUUGUAUCAGUGUAUGUGUGUAUGUUUACCCUCUGAGGGUGCUGUCUGGGGUGCUGUGAUCCGUUGUGUUGCUCAGUGGAGGGAGGCGAGGGGAAAUGGGUUUGUCAACCACCGGAACCCCUGCUGCAACCCCUCAUGUGUCUUCCACACUCCACUGGGCAGCUCUGUCUCUGUACCAGCCACGCAACCCACCCACUGGCCAACCCUCAACCCUCCCGCUGGCCAACCCUCAACCCAUCCGCAAACCUUACCCCCACCCGGCCCAACUCGGCUAGACAAAUUACUUUUUCCUGACCAAGAGACCUGAUCAGGAAGAACAGAGACCCCAGGUCAUAGGCAAUUGUAGAUAGGCUCUUGCUGUCAUACAGUUAAAAUGUGAGUUUGUUAUAACAUGUAGUGAUAUGAAGCUUCUGCUGAAGUGGGACUUAUGACAAGUUACUGUGAAUGUUGCAGUAAACAAUUCAAAAUUACUUCACAGACAAUCAGGUCACCGUGCUACAGUGUAGUGUAGUGUCGAGUCCUGAGAGUCCUCAAAUUCUUGUUUGGGCAGAUCGCCUCGUGUCUCAGACAAGCUUUGGCGCAUACACCACGGUCGUUUGAUGAAGCGACUGUUCAGAGUUCUCUGCCGAAGAUGGUGAUGGAGGCUCAUCUGAGGGAAGAGUGGGAAAGAACACGGGAGGGGGAGGAAGAAAGCGCCUGUCAGAAGCGCUCCUCUUCUCCCCUCGUCUCAUCACAGGCGGUGCCAUGCAGGAGUUUGGAAACAAAGAGGCGUCUGUCUCCCAGACCCUGAGAGGAGAGCUGUUAUCUGUCACACUUUAAAACAGCAUAUGAUAGAAGAAAGAAAGCCCCCUCUCCUUCAAAACUCCAGCCCCUUUGAUGAAGUGCAAAAUCACUGUUGCGCUUCAAAAGAUACAGUCGAGCUAAAAACACAAAGCAUCGUCUAGAUUCCUAGUUAAUCCCUGUUGAGGAUGGAUUCAGUGAAUAUCGGCUCCCUACUUCCACAUGUAGGCUAGGUUGCUGCUAGUGGGGGAGCGUAUGGAGAUGGCGCCACCCAGUGUCUAUCUUAGGAACUUGUAUACAACCUGUGGGAGAAGAUGCAGCCAGUCAUUAAAUGCAUUGAAACCAGGGGUGCGUCUUAAUAGUAAAACAUUACUUCCUCUCCACGUCUCCUUUCCUUCAUCUGCAGUGAUGUGAUGGAACUAUACCGAUGAAAGCAAAUUCAUGGCUGGCAUCCAUUGGAAAGGAAAGGGAGCCACAAUAGACUAUUAAGAUGCAUCCCAGUUCAGGUUUUCAGUGUGACUAAAUGGAUAAUAUUAUUAAGGCAACACGUUGUGUGUCUCCUUGCAGUUUGUGUUCUGCCGUGACUGUAAGGAAGGGUUCCAUGAGGGGGAAUGUCGUGUGAGGUCAUCACCUGUCUCAGGAGGAGCCCUGCAGGUAACUGAGCCAAUCAGUUGUUUGCUGCUCACUGCUGCGCUGUCUCCGCUGCCCCCUACUGUCCAUAUGACCAGGAUUAGUAUCUGAAGAGUGAACACUGUAACACACUUGUAAUGGCUUGUAACAGUUCAUAAUUCAGAGUUGUGAAUAAUGAUGAAUUUAGAGAUAUUUUAUGCUUUAUGUAUGACUUGAGUUUUAAAACAUGCCACAAGAUGGCAUUCCUAAAUCAACCACCAUUCACACUGUAUCCACUCAAGAAAUAAACUCCCAGUCCCCCCCCCAGGGUUAUGUAGUGGACGAGGAGGCAGCUCUUCAGGCUCGGUGGGAGCAGGCCUCGCAGGAGACUAUAGACGAGACCACCCGCCCAUGUCCACAUUGCAAGGUCCCAGUGGAGAAGAGUGGUAAGGCACUGUUUCUCCAUCCCGCCAACUCACUCCAUCCAUUCUCGGAUCCUUAUUCCAAUAUAUACAUAUAUGUUCUAUUAUGUUCUAUAUCUAUGUUGUUUUCCAUUUGCCCUUUAUUUAUUCCAUCUCCUUAACACCACCUUCUGCAGUGGGAACAAUGCUGUAUAAUAGAUUUCAAAUGCCAUCCUUUCAUACAUUGUCCUUAGUCUUCUCUUCUCCUUCUUGCCUGUCUGUAAUGUUGUGUUUCUAUACUGUGUUCCCAGGUGGCUGUAUGCACAUGGUGUGUCCCCGUGCCAAUUGUAAAUUUGAGUGGUGCUGGAUCUGUCAUGUGGAAUGGAACAGGGAGUGUAUGGGAAACCACUGGUUUGGC